GUCAUAAAAAUUAUGUUAUAAGUGAGUGAUUAAGAAAAAAAAAAUUACAAUAAUAAUAUUUUAAAAAUUAUUAUAAAUAUAUAAAAUAAUAUAUUUUAUAAUAAAAAAUAUAAAACGUGAUGUGAUUAAGCGAGUGAAAUUGUAAUUUGCAAGUCGUUCGGUACGUCACACUGAGAUAAUUCUAUAAGGGAUAAAGUAGAAGACACUCUCACCGUCACCGCCUCACAAAUCACUCUCCGAUCAAAUGGCCACUGUAAUCGAUGGCAAAGCCGUUGCACAAACCAUCCGAUCUGAAAUCGCAGAGGAGGUGAUGCUGCUAUCUCAAAAAUACGGCAAGGUUCCAGGACUGGCAGUGGUGAUAGUAGGGAACAGAAAGGACUCUCAAAGCUAUGUUGGAAUGAAGAGAAAAGCGUGCGCUGAAUUAGGAAUCAAAUCCUUCGACGUUGACCUUCCUGAGCAAGUAUCCGAAGCUGAAGUUAUAAAGCAGGUUCACGAGUUGAAUGCUAACCCUGAUGUGCACGGUAUCUUGGUUCAACUUCCGUUGCCUAAGCACAUAAAUGAAGAGAAAGUUUUGACUGAAAUCAGCCUUGAGAAGGAUGUAGAUGGUUUUCAUCCUUUGAACAUAGGCAAACUUGCAAUGAAAGGCAGAGAUCCACUAUUCCUUCCCUGCACUCCGAAGGCAUGUCUUGAACUAUUACAACGAAGUGGUGUGAGUAUAAAGGGAAAGAAGGCAGUUGUAGUUGGUAGAAGCAACAUAGUUGGAUUACCAGCUUCAUUGCUGCUUUUGAAAGCAGAUGCUACAGUUACUAUUGUCCAUUCACACACAAACCAACCAGAAAAUAUCAUACGUGAAGCAGAUAUUGUUAUUGCAGCAGCAGGACAGCCAAUGAUGAUCAAGGGCAGUUGGAUCAAACCUGGAGCUGCAGUGAUAGAUGUUGGCACAAAUGCUGUUGAUGACCCAACUAAGAAGUCAGGUUACAGGCUUGUCGGAGAUGUAGAUUUUGCAGAAGUAUCUAAAGUUGCUGGUUGGAUUACUCCUGUUCCUGGUGGUGUAGGUCCCAUGACAGUCACAAUGUUGCUGAAGAAUACUUUGGAUGGUGGCAAGCGCUACAUUGAGCGGAAUAAUUGAUCUUCCUUCAGUUCGAAUAAAAAAGGUGUUUACCAUUGUAUGUGAAAAGUUCUUUGAGAAUCUGUUCUAUCCACAGUGUGGUUUCUGCUAAAGUAGAUGAAUGUACUUUAAAAAAUCGCAAGGAUGAGUUUUGAUAAUAGAUAAGCAGAAUUGGUUCAAUCGAAACUAUAUAUCUGCUCUUUCACUAUCUUCCGCUUCCUCCUAUCCCGCGUAUUAUCUUAGAAGAAGCAUUCUCGAUGUGGGUGCUGAACAUAUUUUAGACUGUAUGUACUGCCAUUUUAAUUUCCUUCUUAAGGCUGGUGCCAAGGUUUAAGGCAG